GCCAGAGCGGCUGGUCUGUGGCAAGGCAUGAUGGGAAGGAGUUUCGCACAGGCUGGUAAGGAGGCUGAAAUGCUAGCAAAUGGGAGUGUUAGCCAACAUUAUUAGCGGGUGUAUUGGGCUGUUCGUGUCGCCGCGCAAGCUAGGAAACCGCUCCAGAGGAGCAGAGAAGUAGUGUGACUGCGUUUCCACCGCAGAGAGAUGGGGAAUGUCGUGUCACGGUGGAAGGCAAAACCUUCCACCGUGGAUGUUCUGGAAACUAUAGACAAGGAUAUAAAGAACCUGGAGGAGUUCCGAGAGAAAAACGAGAGGCUGUUGAAGCUGUGGGUGGGAAGGCUGCUCCUGUACUCCUCUCUCCUGUACCUGGUCACGUGCGUGAGCGUGUAUCUCUGGUGCUUCCCGGAGCAGUGGAUAGAGAGGCUCUUGCUGGCCCUGCCCUUCGUUCUCUUCCCUGUGCUGAUUUGGUUUAUGCGGAAACUGCUGAUUUACCUCUUCUCAAAAAGAACGGAAAGAAACAAUGAAAAAUUGGGAGAUCUCAGAAACCAGAAAAGAAAGAUACUUGAAGAAGUUAUGGAGAAGGAAACGUAUAAAAAUGCUAAACUAAUCCUGGAAAGAUUCGAUCCAGAGUCAAAGAAAAAGGAUCAAGAAUCUACACCAGUUGGGCCCCAAAUGACUCCAAGACCAGGCCAAGAACUUCGUCAGCGGAACAUUUCCCAGAGGCCCCCGGUGAUGGCCACGCCGGUCGGCACCCCCCGGCCCCCGCUGGCCCCUGGCGCCACCCCCUCGGGGCCCCUGCUGAUCUCCGCCCCCGGGGGCCCGCCCGAGAGGACGGGCACCCCCCACAGCCCGCUGCGGCGGCCAAUGAGUCCGGCCACGCCCAUCCCGGGCCUGGGGAUGCACCCUCCGGGCCCGCCCCUCGCCCGGCCCGUUCUGCCGCGGGAGAGGGGCGCCGUGGACCGAGUGAUCGAGUACCUCGUGGGGGACGGCCCGCAGAACAGAUAUGCCCUGAUAUGCCAGCAGUGUCUGUCUCAUAAUGGCAUGGCACUGAAAGAGGAGUUUGAAUACAUCGCCUUCCGAUGCGCAUACUGUUACUUCCUGAAUCCCGCGAGGAAGACCCGCCCCCAGGCCCCCCGGCUCCCAGAGUUCAGUUUCGAGAGAAGAGAGCGCCCCGAGUCGCCCACGCCGGCCCCCUCCACUGCCUCUGAGGAUGGAGACCCCCCCUCUGCCACAGACGAACCCCAGCAAGGAAGCCCGUCUUCGCAAAGCCCACGUUCUGAAUCCCCCGGCUCAGAACCCCCCCACUCUGAAACCCCCCGCUCGGAAACCCCCCCUGCAGUACCUGGCCUCCCGGAAGACGAGACUGAGCCAGCUGAGGAGACCGCUGGGGAAGAUUUUCCUCGAAUGCCAGAUUUGGAAAAAUCUGAAGAAGAGCAGCAGUCUCCAGGAUCUGAAGACGAGCAGAAGACAUCUCAAGUGGAAGCUGAAUAAGAAAAGUCACAUGAUUUCAACUAAGCAAGUGAUUGGUCCACAAUUUUUAUUUUUGUUUUGCUUUCAGAGUGAUUAUUCAACGAAUACUAGCUUAACUGAGGCUGUACGUAACCAAUUCAUGUCUAGGAUUUAGGAAGGACAUUCAGUAGGGUGGAAACGGGAAUUAUGGGAAUAAUAACAGUAACAGUUUUAAAAAUGUUCCAUUUACUAUGUCCUCGGCCAGGGGUUUGAUAACUGAAACACUUUUGUAUGCACAGCAGAGAUGCUAGGAGGGAGUUCAUUCUGUCGCUGAGUUAAUGCAUGCGGGUGGACCUUUUCUCUUUUCUGUCAGUUUUGUGAACACCAAAAUAAUUUGCCAAACGAGAACAGAUUUGUUUCGCUUUAGUUUACAGAUUUUUUGUGUGUGUGUGUGUGUGUAACAGGAUACCUACAGUAUAAACGAAUGACUAAUGUUUCAACAUUUUAAAGCUUAUUUAUGAGUAAUAUUUAAAUCUGUGGUACGGUGCCUUUUAUGAAAGUAUUGUGAGGUAUUGGUUACUCGUAGCACAGGGAGGGCCCGCCUCACGUUUACAGUUGUAGGAAAGCAGAAAUCCCUUUUAUUUAUUCCUGUGAAGUCAUAAACUGCCCACCCAUGUGUGUCUGUGUGUUUUAUCAGUUCUCUGAUGAGAUUAAAUGAAAAAAGAAACAAAAAACAUGAUUUUUUUUUAUGUUCACGCUGCAGGUUUUGUUUUGCGAACAGCACACCUUUGUAAAAGGCUGGUAUUGUCAAGUGUUUUGCGGCACGCUCAUUAAAUGCUUUAAAACCCA